CGCUCUUAAGAAUGACCUCAACAUAGUGUUACCCAAACGGAGUAACGGCACGGGGUUCAAUUACCUCGGGUACGGAAAAACUAUCAACCGGAAUAAUAUUGUUCCUCUUCCAGGAAACGAAACCUACAACAUCCUGUGUAAUCACGUGGUGUAUAAUAAAGACGCGUUCGAUUCUGUGAUGCCUAAAAAUUCUGUGUAUGUUGCCAUUUUAAGGGAACCUAAAUCUCACUUUAUAUCGGCGGCAUCCUAUUACGGAUUUAUUCCGUUUCUUAGAAAAGUCAAUCCUCAAUUUGGCAAUGUUAGUGCGGGUGCGAUAUUAGACACGUUUUUGCGACAAUUUGCGAUGGACAGGAAUAACUCUCAGCGCCGUUUGGCAUACGUGAACAACAGACAGUCAUUUGACUUCGGGAUUCCGUCUUCUCUAUUUAGAAACAAAUUUUUUAUCAAUAAGUACAUUGAAAAACUUGACAGUGAAUUUCCUCUAGUGAUGUUAAUGGAAUAUUUUGACGAAUCUCUGGUUCUUAUGAAGCGCUAUCUGUGCUGGGAUUUUGAGGAAAUUAUAUAUGUUCCCCUGAACAUCAAUAAAGGCAAAAAGAGACAUCCUGUUCAGCUGUCCCCAAACUCCGAGAGGUUUCUCCAUUAUUUUGAUUACGCGGACUUUCAAUUAUACGACCAUUUCAAAAAUCGCUUUAUGGAACAAAUGAAUUUAGAAGGAUCGGAUUUUCGGGACGAAGUGAACACUUUUAAGGAGAUCAAAGGUCAAGUGACGUCAUUUUGUCAAAGCAGACCCUCUUCUAAUCAAACUCUAAAUCUGGAGGCUACGAAGUGGAAUUCAAAGUUUAAAUUGACGUCAGAGGACUGCAAAGAAAUGAUGUUACCGGAAUUAGCAAUGAUGCGCAUGCUCAUAAACUCAGCUAAUGCUCGUUAUCAGGAUUGGUUAAGAGUGCGGGAGUUCACUCAUUCUUCAUGAGGGCGAUCGGUUUAGGUAUGAUGAAAUUGAUGUCAAAUUUCAAAUACAGGAAAGGGGUUGUGUUUUAGAACAUGAAGUGAUUAGUUUAAAAAAUUUUAAACAAUAACUCAACAUUGUAGAAGGUUGUUGAGAAACAGAUAAGUAGAGGCAGCGGUUGUGAUUCCUGAAAUUCUAAUUCUACCAGCAAGUUUAACCCCAAUACGGAAUAUUGAAACCAUUGUUUUGUCUCCGAUUCCGUCACGGUGUUAAUUUUAGUUUGUCAAGAAAAGUGGGGCGGGGUGGGCAACACCCACGCCUUGUUGUUACUUGCCUGCAGAUUGAUCCACACAUUGUAAUUAUUAAUUAAUUGUUAUUUUAAUUAUAUCAAUGCAUAGCGGUCGGUUGUUUUACAAUGACUCGAGAAAAUAAUUUUAAAAAACCAACUUCGUAAAUAUCCACGUGUGAUAGACGAAAUACCCGGUAACGUAAUUUUUUUUUUUUUUUGUUUUUUUUUUUUUGGUGUUGCCUUCGUUACGAAACGUCAAAUAUUUAAUCUAAUAACUUUUAAAAUACAAGAAUAUGUAUAGUUCCGAUAUUCCGUAAGAAUGUUAAGAAUAGCAUUGGGAUGUACUGGGUCAUUGUCUUUCAUGUAUAUAUACAGAUUUGUUUUAUAUUUAUGGAUACCACAGGGGCUACGCACGUUUUGGGCCCGAACUCUGUGAUACCAUAAAUAGAACGGGGGCUUGGGGUGUUAUAUUUAUGGUAUCACAGAGUUAGGGCCCAAACGGACUUAGCCCCUGUGAUGGAUACGGAUGUGUAUACAGAGAACAUCCAUCCACUAUUAUUAGUUUAAGUUCGUAUAGAAGAAUUUAUUCCGACUCUCCAUACAUUAUUGUAUGUGUUCAACUUAUCUAUACAGUGGCGGAUCCAGAGGGGGUGUCCGGGGAUUGGAAACCCCCCCCCCCUUUCAUCAGAAAAUUUUGCUUAAAAAGGUAAAAAUAACGUAUUUUGAUGGUGGUCCCCCCUUUGAAAACCAAAUCACCUCUUCCUUUCAAAAUUCCUGGAUCCGCCCCUGCUAUAUACAAGUUGCAUGCUUGUACAGGUAUGCUUGCCUUUGUAUUUGUAACGUGAUUGUACAGAUAUAAUUUAUUCUUAUGGAUGUACUAGUAUUACCCCCUAUCACCAUGUACUCUUAUCAAUAUUUCAUGAAAUACGUCAUCAGUCAGUCACGCAUAGUACUAUAUGUACUGACGAACAUUAGCAUAAAUUAUGUGGUCUUAGAAUUUAUUUCAUAAUUUAGCUUUUGGUCGAACUAAUUUCCCUCUGCGUGUCAGUUUGUCUUACGUAUACAACCCCCCGUGCAUGUGUGCAUGCCGUGUGCUGUCAAUACGUGUUUCAUGUGUACAUGUGUGUUGUACAUGUAUUUAUAGUUUAAUGUCGGUUCAAGAGCUUUUAAGCUCAUCUUGUAAUAUUGUCCAACUUUAAAUAAAGAAUACUGACUUGCU